AUGCCUAAAGCAGAACCGCAGGAUUUUAAAAAAACUGAUUUGCCUUCAUUCAAAUUUUAUAAAUUUUUGGACAAAGAUCCUAUGAAUUUAAAUAGUUCCAAGUUAAUAUACUGUAGUAUAUUUAAUGGUAAUUUCGAUAAUUUGAAUAAAAUUAAAGAACUUUGUUCAAAAUAUGUGACUUAUUUAAUAAAACAAAAAGAUAUACAGAAAAUACCUGGAUACAAUAAUAUUGAUUGUAAACUCUUAACCUAUUGGCUGUCAGAAGAGCUCUUAAAAUCCCUUAAAAAUAAUCAAAGACAGUGCAUUAUUGCAUUCGCUGAAAUUCAACGCAUGUGGAGUCAUGCUACUUCUGCUUUCCUUAAAACUAAUCCUUACAAAUGUAAACCUUAUGAUCCUAUUAUUGGUUAUUACGAUAAAUGGGAAAAUGCUAAAAAGCUGUAUGAUUACUAUGUCAAUUUUAAUUACCUUCAUAGUAUGGCUAAUACAUGUAACGGAAACUGUGAUGAAUUAUGCAUGUACCUCGAUGGCAUAGCUAAGAUAUAUGAAAUUUUUAAAAAGUUUUGUUCAUCUAAGAUAGAAAGUAGAUGCCCAGUUUUUAAUAUUGAUUAUGAAGAAUACGAUCCAUUGUUAUUGAUUAGUAAGUUUAAUUGUAAUCCAUCGACUCAGAUAUUAGACAUUCGUGCAGAAGAACCAUCUCAAGUAGAUCAUCAAGAGGAUCUUAUUUUUAAAGAAGCUUCUAGUACUCCAUUAAGUAAAAUAGAUUCUCAAGAGGAAUCAGAAUUAAUAAGUGACCAAACGAAGCCUCUAAGUGUAUUUGGUAAUUCACUUUUGGCAUUAGUUCUAACAUCUAUGUUAUUUGGUGUUCUAUAUAAAGUAAAUGCCAAUUACAUUAAUUUAUAUAAAUUUUAUAAACUUCAUAAUAAAUCACUUUUACAAAAUAACUUUC